AUGACUUCUUCAGACAAUGAUUUUGAUGAUGAUGACGAUGAAUUUUUACUUGCCUUGCCGACAAAUAAACUGCAAGUGACUCAAAGUCGCGAAUAUAGAGAUAACAUUGCAACCCAAUCAAGUGGAGUAGACAACAUUAGUUUAAACAAUACAACUCAUGCAACAUCAAUAGAUCCCGAGAUUCAGGCAAGAUUAUAUAGAGCCGACGGUGAGAUCAGUAUACUUCGAGAUAAGUUUGAAACCCUUCAAAGUCUGAGACAACAUGAGAUAAAUAACUUGAAAGCAUCAAAUCUUGCAUUACAAAGAAGUCAUGAAGAACAAUUAAAGGCUCUUCAAUUUACAGUGCAAAAACUAGAGGAUGAAAAGAAAUUUCUUUCAAAUGAAAUUAAGGGCAUUUCAACAAAGAGACGGAAGGUUAGCCAGAUUACUAAUGGAGGUCCAAUGGGAGGAGUUGAUUCUGGUUAUCUGAAACCGCAACCAAUAGCAUUUUCCACAUCUACUCCAAACAGUACAACAAACUCUAUUAGUAAAUCUAUAUCACAAUCUCCAGGACAACCAAUUACACUCCUGGGUCAACAAACGAAUCGUAUUUUACAUGAUUCUGAAGUUCGAUCAGUUGUACCACAAAAGAUAAUCAGAAUUCAAAAUGAUUCUUCAUUAUUUACUGACCAUAUAUGGAACCAUUGUAUUAAUGGAGCACAAAGGAAAACCUUAACAAUAUUAGGAAAGGUGUACAUAGACUUUGACAUUUUGAUUGGUGAAUUCAAAUAUCACCACAAGACUUCCAUUGCAGGAGCUAUUAUUGAUUUUCUAAUGUUGAAGAAAAACCUCAGAUUAGAUAACUUGGUGGCUGAAUUCACUGAUGUUAUCAUGGAAGUGGUCAAGAUCUUACUUGAAAAAAAUACUUUAUUGGCUGUGCCAUUUUUACUUUCAUUGAUUCAUGCAGCCAUUAAUUUCCGACCUGCUGCUGUGGUGAAAACGUCAAUCUUGUCAUUAUUAGGUUCUAAUUCACAUAUUGCCUUACAAUAUAUAUUUUUAUUGGAAUCAGUUCAAAAUCAAGAGGAUUAUAUAACAUAUCAUGAUGUAUCGGAACAGGUUUCCAUUUUAGAGAAAUUCACUCUAAUUUGUUCCCUUGAUAUAAUAGAGAAAUUGGCAUCAUUAAGUUCUUUAUACGGAGCAGAGUUUAUCCACCAAGUUUGGACCGAGAGUAUUCCAAAUGAAUUAUUAAUGAAAUGUUUGCCAGAAAACACGGAAAGAUUUAAAAGUACUGCUCAAAUUAAUAUGGUAUUUAAUAUGGUGGAAAUAUUGAUGUCUUCGAUAACAGAAUCCACCUUUGCAUAUUCCAACAAUAUUCAACAGGAUAACCCCAUUGGACAACUGAAUAGUACCAUUUUCAAUUCAUUAUUGAAGGUAUUUUUAAUCGAUAUUCCUAUCAAGGAUGAUUUUAUGUUUUAUGGGCUUAAUAGAAUAAUUGGGAAUAAUAUAGAUUUGGAGAAAGUUUCAUCAGUUAUUCCGGAAUCGGAAACUCCAUUGGGUAAUACUUUAGUUUGUAUCCCAUGUCCUAUACCAUAUUAUCUUUCCAAGGAAAGAAUGUACAUUGAGGAUGAAUCUGUACCAAAGUAUAGUUCUAUUGCAACUCCUGAAAGUACAAAUCGUCAUUUAUUUGAAUUUAAACUUAAUUCAAGACAUGAAUUCCAUUUAUUAACUUUAAGAGUUAGAGUGGCUUCGUUUAUUGAAUGUUAUAUAUUGAAUACUUGUAACACUAAGCCAUUACAACUGAGAGAUCAUAUUAAAUCAAUAGUGAGAACUAUUGGAUUUGAACAAACUGCUAUCAUGAGAGCACCUAGAUCUGAAACCAUACAUUUAAGGACCCUGGUUAUAUCAAUUCUUGUUCGAAUAUUACAUUAUAUAUCUUCAGAAUCUAGAGGUAUCACUGCGUUGGUAUAUCCUGAAACUGUUUACGAAAUAUUUGUUACUCUACUGAGAAUUGCAUUUGGUUCAAAUUCAUUAUCAUCAGAUGCUCAUAAAUUAUUAGCUACUAUACGAAGAAAGGGAUAUUUAAAAGAACCAAUCUUUCAUAAAUGGUGUGAGAAAAGAGCAAGACAAUUGAACCAUAUUGAACACGGGGAUAUUUCCAAUGCUACAUUCAUUGCAGACAUUGAAAGUCAAUUUGCUAAUGGUUUAGAGUUCCCAUAUGAAGAAGAAACUAUCGAAUUAUCACGAGAAAUCUUAGAUCUGUGCGUAACUCAUGAAGAAGCCGAUAAUCUCUUUUUCAAUAUGAACUAUGAAGAUCCAAAUUUUGAUGAAAUGGAUCUUGUAGAUAAUUAA